GUUGAAAAAGACCAUAAGAAAGAAGCUGCAAUUGCUGUUGUUCAAGAAUCGGCUUCUCCUGAGAAACAUAAAGAAAUUGUAUCUAAACAAAAAAACGAUGGCAGCAUUGAAAUUGAUGAUUCAAUAUGUAAGGAAUUGCAAGCUCCUAAAGAAGAUAUUAUUACUACAAUUAAAAAGAAAGUUACUAAUAAGAAGCUUCAAUCACCCGACCUUUUAUCAAGUCUUGCAACUGCUAUUAAUAUCUCAUAUUUGAAAAACGCUGCCUCCAAAUACAAAGGUGAUUGGGAAGAUAAAUAUAAUAAAGCUCGUGACUAUCUUUCUAAGCAAAUUGGAGAUGCUGAGGCUGAAAAAGAAUUAUUAGAUUGCGCUGACGAGUAUGUAGUCGAACAAACUACGAAUAAAGUGAUUGAGGAAAAGAAACGAGAUGUAAUUGAUCUUAAGAAAGAUGAAAUACCGAAAGAACAUCCGAAAACUAAAGCUAAGAGCUUUAUCGGUGCUAUUUAUGACGGUGCUGUUAAACUUGAAGAUAAUAUUGAAAAGGCCCUUGGAUUUAAUAAAAAUAAACUUGAUGAUCAUGAGAAAGCGGAAGCACUUAUAAUUGUUGAGGAAUCAGCCUCUCCCGAAAAAUGUGAGGAAAUCGUCUCUGACCAAAAAGAAGAUGGUUGUAUUGAAUUAAGCGAUACAGUUUGUGACGAACUAGAUGCACCUAAAGAAGAAAUUAUUACAACAAUUCAACCAAAACUUACAAAUAAGAAGCUUCAAUUACCCAAUCUUCCAUCAAUUCUUUCAACUGCUAUUAACCUAUCAUACCUUAAAAAAGCUGCACCUAAACAUGAAGGUAUAUGGAAAGAUAAACAUGAUAAAGCCCGUAAAUAUCUCUCAGACCAAAUAGGAGAUGAAGAUGCCGAGAAAGAACUAUUAGACUGCGCGGACGAUUAUGUAGUUGAUAAUUGUAUUAAGAAGGUGAUUAAAGAUAAAAAGAGAAUUGCAGUCGCUACGGUACAAGAGUCUGCCACACCUGAGAAAUGCGAUGAUGUAGUGUCUAAGCAAAAUAAUGAUGGAUCUUUUGAAGUUAGCGAAACAAUUUGUGAAGAAAUAGACGUUCCGGCUACUAAAGUAGUAUCUGAAGUGAAAAAAGGUACACAAAAUCCAAAACUUAGAUCUCCAAAAUCACAACCAUGGUGGAAAACAGGACUCGCUACUAGCUACCUUAAUAUCGCCGCACCACAUCAUAAAAAUCAAUGGGAAGAUAAACAUAAUAAAGCUCGUAAAUAUCUUUCUGAUCAAAUUGGAGAACCUGCUACUGAAGAAGAAUUAUUAGAUUGCACUGAUAAAUAUCUCGUUGAUAAUAUUACUAAAAAGGUUGAAAAAGAUCAUAAGAAAGAAGCUGCAAUUGCUGUUGUUCAAGAAUCAGCUUCUCCUGAGAAACAUAAAGAAAUUGUAUCGAAACAAAAAGACGAUGGCAGCAUUGAACUUGAUGAUUCGAUAUGUAAGGAAUUACAUGCUCCUAAAGAAGAAAUUAUUACUACAAUUAAAAAGAAAAUUACUAAUAAGAAGCUUCAAUCGCCCGACCUUUCAUCAAGUCUUGCAACUGCUAUUAACCUUUCAUAUCUAAAGAAUGCAGCGGAUAAAUAUAAAGGUGAUUGGAUAGACAAGUAUAAUAAAGCUCGUGACUAUCUUUCUAAACAAAUUGGAGAUGCUGAUGCUGAAAAAGAAUUAUUGGAUUGUGCUGAUGAAUAUGUAGUUGAUCAAACUACAAAUAAAGUGAUUGACGACAAGAAACGAGAUGUAAUUGAUCUUAAGAAAGAUGAAAUACCGAAAGAAGAACCCAAAGCUAAAGCUAAAAGCUUUAUCAGUAAUCUUUAUGAUGGAGCCGUUAAACUUGAAGAUCAAAUUGAAAAAGCCCUUGGGUUUAAUAAAGAUAAACUUGAUGAUCAUGAAAAAGCGGAAGCACUUAUAAUUGUUGAGGAAUCAGCCUCGCCUGAGAAAUGCAAUGAAAUCGUCGCGGAUCAAAAAGAUGAUGGUUGUAUUGAAUUAAGCGAUACAGUUUGUGAUGAAUUGGAUGUGCCUAAGGAAGAAAUUAUUACAACAAUUCAGCCAAAACUUAAAAAUAAGAAGCUUCAAUUACCCAAUCUUCCAUUAAUUCUUUCAACUGCUAUUAACCUUUCAUACCUUAAGAAAGCUGCACCUAAACAUGAAGGUGUAUGGAAAGAUAAACAUGAUAAAGCUCGUAAAUAUCUAUCAGACCAAAUAGGAGAUGAAGAUGCCGAAAAAGAACUUUUAGACUGCGCGGACGAUUAU